AUGGGUAUUAUCAUUGAGAGCUUCUACAACGAGACGUGGAGCAGCAGGUUUUCAGAGCCCAUCCCUCAGACCGUGUUAACAGCUCUGUGGUCGCUCUCCGUCGCCAUCUUCUCCAUAGGAGGAAUGUUCGGCUCCUUCUCCGUCGGCCUCUUUGUCAACCGUUUCGGCAGGAAGAACUCCAUGCUCAUGGCCAAUGUGCUUGCCUUCAUUGCUGCUCUGUUUAUGGGCCUCUCCAAGCUGGCUGCGUCCUUUGAGAUGCUCAUCGUUGGACGUUUCGUAGUGGGCCUCUACUGCGGCCUCUCCACCGGCUUCGUGCCCAUGUACGUUGAGGAAAUCUCGCCCACGUCUCUCCGCGGGGCUUUGGGAACGCUGCAUCAACUCGGCGUAGUGAUCGGCAUCCUCAUGGCACAGGUCUUCGGGGUGUGUAAGCGGAGUGCUGUGUGCUGUGUCUUCGGGGUGUGUAAGCGGCGUGCUGUGUGUUGUGUCUUCGGGGUGUGUAAGCGGAGUGCUGUGUGUUGUGUCUUCGGGGUGUGUAAGCGGAGUGCUGUGUGUUGUGUCUUCGGGGUGUGUAAGCGGAGUGCUGUGUGUUGUGUCUUCGGGGUCGAGUACAUCCUGGGCAACGCGUCCCUGUGGCCGCUGCUGCUGGGCUUCACGCUGCUGCCCUCCGUGCUGCAGUGCGUUCUGCUGCCUCUCUGCCCCGAGAGCCCCCGAUACGUCCUCAUCAACCGCAACGAUGAGAGCAAGGCCCGCAGCAUCCUGGUGAAGCUGCGGGGGACGGACGAGGUGAGCGAGGACAUGCAGGAGAUGAAGGAGGAGAGCCAGCAGAUGAUGAGGGAGAAGACGGUGACCAUCCCCGAGCUGUUCCGCUCCGCCGCGUACCGCCAGCCGCUGUUCGUCGCCGUCAUGCUGCAGCUCUCCCAGCAGCUGUCUGGGAUCAACGCUGUGUUUUACUACUCGACGGGGAUCUUUGAGCGAGCGGGGGUGUCCCAGCCGGUCUACGCAACCAUCGGUGCAGGAGUGGUCAACACCGCCUUCACGGUGGUCUCUCUGUUUGUGGUUGAGCGAGUCGGCAGGAGACCCCUCCACCUCGUCGGUUUGAUGGGAAUGGCGGUUUCGGCAGUUUUCCUAACUGUUGCCAUGGCGUUGUUGGACCAGCUCAGUUGGAUGUCCUACGUCAGCAUCGCGGCCAUCUUCAGUUUCGUGGCCUUUUUUGAAAUUGGCCCCGGCCCCAUCCCCUGGUUCAUCGUGGCGGAGCUCUUCAGCCAGGGGCCCCGGCCGUCCGCCAUCGCAGUUGCUGGGUUGUCCAACUGGUCGGCCAACUUCUUAGUGGGGAUUGGCUUCCCGUAUGUCGAGCAACUCUGCGGCCCGUACGUCUUCAUCAUCUUCAUCGUCCUGCUGCUGGGCUUCUUCACCUUCACCUACUUCAAGGUUCCCGAGACCAAGGGCCGCACCUUCGAUGAGAUUUCGGCGGGCUUCCGCCAGUCAGCCGGUCACGGCGCUGACAAGUACUCUGCACCCGAAGAGUUCAACACCCUGAGGGGGGACGACCCCGACCUUUGA